CCACUCCAUCUCACCUCCAGCCCUCCUAAAGCUCUCAAUUACGCAAUCCUUUUGGCAAUCAUGGCUGCUUUGCAUAUACACUGCCGAGCUCAUAGGGUAUCACCUCGGUUCCUCCCAGGUAUAGAUUGUUCCACUGAUCUCCCAAUGGUCCCAUCUGAAGCCGAAUGCCUUCGGGAACAUGGAUCACGGCUUGACAGCAACGUCCCAUGCCGCUACUUGGACAUGAGGCUAACGUUUGACACCCAAUUGCCGUGAUCGCCCUUAGCCAGGCACGUGUUUAUGAUUGUGCUGGACACCUUUCAUCGUCUCCCACAGAAACCCGUCAUCACUCCACUCCUCCCCUACUACUCUUCACCAUGUCACCAGCAGCCAUCUCCAACACCGCUCCCGCCCCGUCCAACGGGGAGAAGACAUCGAGCACGUCAAUCUCCUCUUCCUCCUCCCUAGCCAAGGAAGCAGACUCCAUCCCCGCCUGGGUCAAGCCCGACCUCUCGCGCCUCAUGCGCGUUGAGCAUUGCCCAGGCAACUUCGCCGCGCGCUCCCUCUCCCUCGUCGACCUCCCCGCCGGCGCCAUCUUCGCGCGCAUCACCUCGCCCACUCGGGCCCUCUGCGCCUAUUCCUCGGUCCAGGCCACCCGCUCCCUGCACAUCGAGCUCAACAACGACCUCGUCUACAUCAACCACUCGUGCCGCCCCACCCUCAUCUUCGACAUGCCCCGCUGGGAAGUCCGCGUCAACCCGGACCUGAAGGAGGGCCUUCGCGCCGGCGACGAACUCACCUUCUUCUACCCCAGCACCGAGUGGGACAUGGCGCAACCGUUCGACUGCCUGUGCAAGCAGCCCGAGUGCCGGGGCAGAAUCUCCGGCGCCAAAGACAUGCCUGCCAAAGUACUGGCCGAGUACUGGCUGAAUCCGCAUAUCGAAGAACUCCUGCACGAGAAGGGCGUCGAGUUCGAAAAGAACGGCGCUUGAAGCGGCUGAUGGGGACGGAGGAACCUCACAUGCUUGUCCCGACCCUUGUUUUGCAUAGAUGAGCGUUUUUUUUGGCACCGAGGCUGGUUGUCCGAGGCCCUGGAGGCUCAACUUAUAUGAAGCCGUAAAAGCCCAAGAGAUAGAUUUCGUCUGGUUUUUGCAUUGCAUUUUUGCAUGCCAAGAACCAUAGAUUUAGGAGGGAAGGGAAUAGACGUUGUCGAUUGGAGUCAUGCCCAUAUGCGCCUACAUGAUUAUUCCAUUGGAGGAUUCUCACUUGUCCUUGGUGAUAGAUGUGCUUUACCAUUUGUUUCUCCUCUACGGUGCGUGCGCCCGUAUGUCAUCGUCGGGUACGCUAGUCUGAGACAAUACAGCUGGUGCAUACUAUAGAAC